ACUUGGGGAGUGUAUCGACUUAAGGCUGAGAAGCUCUCUCUGAGUUUGCAGGCCGUGCAGGACGUCGUGCUGCUGUCUCCUUGGCAACUUGAUUGAUGGCCCCGCACAGCAGAGGGUUGGGGGAGGGAGGGAAAGGGUACAGGGGAGCCCACAGAAAGACGCGCGCGGCGUUCCUCGCAGCCAGAUAACGAGAAGCAGAUCCAGUGAGAAGCAGCGCGUGGGCCACGGGAGCCGACGGGAGCGCAUCGAGCGCCAUGGAUCACAUCGGGAUCCUGGGGGCGCAUCUGCAGCAGCACGCGCACGUGGAGCCCAUCAGCUUCGGCAUCGACCAGAUCCUGAGCAACGUGGAGCAGAGCUGCAUGCUGGGCUCGAGGAUGCCCGAGCCGGACUACGGUCACCCAGCGUACAACGGCAGUGCCGGGGGAGUGGGAGGCUUCGCGUGCGGCGGCGGCGGCGGCAGCGGAUACAACAGCACCGCCGGAUCUUGUGGAAUGGCGUCUCUCGGGGGAGCUUAUCACAUGAACAUGAGCGUGAACAUGAACGGGACUAACAUGAACUCUGCCGGGGUCAUCCGCGUCCCCGCGCACCGGCCUCCUCUCAGCGGCGGCGGCGGCGGCUCCGCGAUGCCGCCUCACGCUAGCGGCGGCGUCGGCAACCUGAGCGCGCUCACCUUCCCGUGGAUGGAGAGCAACCGGCGCUACACCAAAGACAGGUUCACAGUCUCUCUCUCACCCCUCACUGUCACACGCCGUGUAGGUCACCCGUACCAGAAUCGCACUCCGCCGAAGAAGAAGAAGCCGCGGACGUCGUUCAGCCGGCUGCAGAUCUGCGAGCUCGAGAAGCGCUUCCACCGGCAGAAGUACCUGGCGUCUGCCGAGCGCGCCGCGCUGGCCAAGGCCCUGAAGAUGACCGACGCACAGGUCAAAACCUGGUUCCAGAACAGACGCACCAAGUGGAGACGUCAGACGGCGGAGGAGCGGGAAGCGGAGCGGCAGCAGGCCAACCGUAUCCUCAUGCAGCUGCAGCAGGAGGCCUUCCAGAAGACCAUCAACCAGCCGGUAGCCCCCGACCCACUGUGCCUGCAGAACAGCUCCCUGUACGCCCUGCAGAACCUCCAGCCGUGGAGCGAGAACACGGCAAAGAUCAGCAGCGUGUCAGCCUGCGAGUAAACCUCCAGCCGGGCUUCUCCUUCGGGAUUCAGUGACUGCUGCGGUAUGGUGGAGUGGCCGGAUGCCUGCUGAGGACGUCCUGCUGUUGGACGUCCUGCCGUUGGACUCUGGUUCACGGCCUUUGCUCUUUCUGCCUCACGGACACCGGUGCUGUUUGUUGAUGGGCUCUCUCUCUCUCUGCACUUCUCCCAUCAAAUGGGGCCCACACAACGACAUGUUGUGUUAUUAUUAUUGCUAUUAAUAUUCUUUACAUGACUUAAAAAAAAAAUAUUUUUAUAAAAGUUUAUACGACUGACUGAGUAGGGCUUUGCCUUAGAGCGACAUGAGUAUUUAUCGGCCUCGUUAAUCGACUUUUUAAUCGACUGCAGAAUAACAAAGCACUUGUUUCAACAAUCUUUUAGAAAGGAAGGGAUGAAAUCUUAUUAACUGAACAUUUAAUUUACCUUUGAAUCAACA